GAGGAAGUGUGAAGCACCAAGUGAAUGUGAUCGACGUGGAUAACUACGUGUACCAGUACAGCAUAAUUGAAGGCGGUGUUCUGUCUGAGCAGUUGGAGUUGGAGAAGGUGAGUUAUGAGUACAAAUUGGUGCCAAAGCCUGAUGGAGGAGGCAUCAUAAAGGCCACACGCAAAUACUACACCAAAGGCGAUGCUCAGCUCACACAAGACUUUCUCAAGGCUAACCAGGACAUUUCUGCUGCCUUCGUCAAGGCUAUUGAGGAUUAUCUUUUGGCUAAUCCUCAUUACAACUAAAAUUUCUAUACACCCCGUUUAGUUUCCACUGUUCAUUGUGCUGCUUCUGAUUCUGAUGUGUGAUAUUAUUUUGGAGUUGCUUGUG